UGGUUCGUGUGAAGAACCAAACGACACACCUAGUUCCGCUCUUGCUAUUCGCGAUAGAAAGAAGAUUCGAUUGCUGCGGCAGUUUGUAUCAAACUGUUGCUGAAUUGUCUUCAAAUCGGAGAUGAGAAAUAUCGUUUGGAUUAUUCUGCUUUUUGGGGUUGCAUGUGCGCAACAGGAUUAUAAAUUAUGCGCACCUGUAGAUACAGUAAGUGAUGACGCGUGUUAUGCUUUGCAACGAGGGGAAAGUAAAGUAUCGUGUUUGCGCGUAGCGGAUAGUGCCGAAUGUGCUAUUCGCUUAGCACAAGGAACGGUCGAUUUUGGCGUUUUCAAUGCGGAAGAACUCUUGUUGGCAUUUCAAUUUUAUCCGUCAGACAUUCUACCUAUUCUUCAGUUGAGACACAAGGAUAAGCUGGAAGAUGAGUUUGAAUUCCAAACUGUGGCAGUGGUUCCUGCAGAUUUAACGCAAAAGGUCGUUAGCCCUGGAGAACGUCUUAAACUUUUAAAAGAUGGUGGCUUUUGUCAUCCUGGUUUUAGUAAAUCUCAAUGGUGGAAUGAUUAUAUUCUCAAGUAUUUUGAAAAAACGGUAAAUCGUCCACAUUGCCAAGAAAAUGUAACUGUCAUCGAAAAUGAAAUUAGAAGUCUUAGAGAUUUUUUUGGAAAAGCUUGUAGGCCGGGUGAAUGGUCCGCUGACAAUUCUAUCGAUGAAGAAUUAAAAAAUAAGUAUCCAGAGUUAUGCGCUCUUUGUGAUAAUCAAGCAGCUUGCAGUUACAAUAAUAAGGAAAAACACGGACAUUUCGGAGCACUGGAAUGUCUAGCUCGUCGUAAUGGUAAAGUCGCAUACGUAGCGCUUAGCUAUGUUCGUGAAUACCUCAAAACAAAUGCGACAUUCCAGUUUUUAUGUCCAAAUGGUAACCUUCUUCCUUUAAGCAGCGAAACUCCUUGUGCAUGGCUCAAACAACCAUGGAGCGUAAUCGCAGCUAGAAAGGAAAUUGCAAAACUUCUUAAGAAUGAUUUGUUGAAAUGGCUGAAAUCGCCGUUUAAAGAAAAUGAUUGGGAAAUUGUUCUGAGUAAAAUUAUACAAGAGGAUAGCUUGGCUGUCGAUCUUACGGAAAUGUCUCUGUCUACGUACUUAAGCAAAGGAAGAGAAACCGAUAUCUCAAACAUUGAAACCUGCGGUACAACCAUUCGUUGGUGCACGAUUGGUGAUUUGGAGACCAAUAAAUGCACAUGGGUAGCGAAAGCAGCGAAAGCCCUUGGUGUGGAACCGAACAUUUCCUGCAUUAAAUCAAAUUCCACAUUUGAAUGUUUUCGCAAUAUAGCUGAAAAUCGAGCGGAUAUAAUAACCAUUGAUUCCAACUAUGGUUAUCUAGCGCGAACAGUUCAUGGUCUAUCAACGGUUUUGUAUAGCGAAACUGAAAUGGACAAGAAUAGUGUGAUAAUUGCGGUAGUGCGCGAGCCUAAGGAUGACAAUUAUCCAGUAAAAAGUUUUCAUGAUUUAAAAGAUCGAAAAGCAUGUUUCCCGGAAUAUAGCGGAAUUAGUUGGUUAAGUUUCAUCAAUAUUGCAAGGACGAAUAACAUUAUUUCAUCUAAGUCUUGCAAUUAUCCAUUAUUGGUGUCCAAACUCUUGUCUGGCGCUUGUACUCCCGGGAUAGAAGACGCCGAUCACUCGCGCAUUACUGUUCCCGCAGAUAUAUCGUCCAAGCUCUGUUCGGCAUGUCGGUAUCAAAAUAAUACUUCUUGUGCAGUAAACGAAACUAACCGCUAUUAUGGUGAUAAAGGAGCCAUGCAAUGUCUCAGCGAAGGAGCCGGCGAUGUGGCGUUCGUCGAGGCGGCAAAUAUCGAGAGAAACAUCGAUUCGAAUAGAUAUCGUAUCUUGUGCAAAAAUGGAAGUUUGGCUGAAACUCCAGGAUUCAAAUUUGACGAAUUUUGUGCAUUAUCAGUAACAAUUGAUAGCGAACUUGUUGGUCGCAAAACUGAUAUGCAGAUUUUUAAGACGGAUACUUUCGAGGCUUUGUUGAAGAUAGAAGAUUGGCUAGGAUAUCGCGUGAGCGCUCGGAGACCAAUUUACAUUUAUGGUCCAUUCAAUGGCACGUUAAAUCUUCUCUUCAAAGAUUCUACAUCCGGUUUAGUUUCUACAUCAUCGACAAAGAAAUCAGUGCUUGCCUAUAAAGAACUUUUUAGUCACGUAGAACAAUGUUCGAUUGGUUCUUUUGCGACCGCUAAUUUCGUCUUUGUUGCUCUAGUUGUUCUUUAUCACUUUCUUUUCAAUCACGUACAUUAUUAAUUCGAAUUGUAUUAUUUGAAUAUGUACGAAAUAGAUAUAAUUAUUAUAUAUUUUUAAUUAAUAAUUAUUAUACAUUUAUCAAUUUUUAUACCAUUUCUAAAAGAUAACAACAUCAACCACUAUUUCUUUACAUUACAAAAUAGAAAAUAAAGACAAUUAUUACUUUUCUAUUCAUUAAAA